AUGUCGUUCUUCAACUCGAUCGGAAUGCUAACGACGACUACUAACAGGCGUUCCAUGUCGCGCAACCCGCGUCCUCAAAAGCGCUCUCCAACGCCCACGUCUGCAGAUAUGCCUCCCCCUCCGUCACCCGUUAGCCCACCCGCUUCGAAACCCCUCUAUCUCUGCAGUCCAUUCGUCGAAGCCGCCCUUGUAAAGGGUAAUUUCAAGACUAUUGUCGUCCUCCCAAAGUACGUCGAUAUCAUGGAAUGGGUCGCCGUCAACGUGUUCGACUUUUACACCAACCUGAACGAGUUCUACGGCGUCAUAUCUGAGUGCUGCACUCAACACUCCUGCCCCACCAUGUCUGCCGGUACGGGCCUCAGCUACACGUGGAUCAACCAAGAUCGCAAGAGCGUCAACUUACCUGCACCGACCUACAUAGAUUAUGUCAUGACGUGGGUUCAAAACCUCCUCGACGAUGAAAACGUCUUCCCUACCAAAUCAGGCCACGACUUCCCCCAAUCCUUCCCUUCGACAAUCAAACACGUCUAUCGCCAGCUUCUCCGCGUCUUUGCACAUAUUUAUCACGCCCACUACCCUCAACUCCUGCACCUCCGCUCUGAACCUCACUUCAACUCCCUUUUUGCCCACUUCUUGGCGUUUGGAAGAGAAUAUGAGUUGUUGGACCUUAAGGACGUCAAGGGCGCUGCGAAUGCACCCGUUGGAAUCGGCGCACUAUGGGACAAGUGGAAAGAAAUGGGGAUUUUGGAAGGCUAGAUUAUACGUUACUCCAUGGAAUGCAUACUGGUAUGUUUUGGGGUUUCUACUUCUUUGACUUUGUAAGAUACUUCGAGAACAAGAUUAUAGUUUCGCGUCCACUUGACAACCUCCGUUAUCACGCCCCUUCUCGCAAACGGUUUCAUGGCAUGCAGUUCGGAAAGUAGUAGGCUUCCAAUUUCUACACACAUACCCACCACCGCGUCGUUCUGCAGUAUCCGUCCAUGGACAGCUCCUGAUGGCCAUUUACACAGAAUCUUCUCCGAAGAUAACCAACACCAUUAUUCGUAGAUAACGUACAAACUUGUAAGUAGUUUGCAUUACAUCAUGUCCACAUACAAAAUGAAAGUCACAUAUGCACCUCGAACGCGGAUUCUUCAAUUCUUGAUUCCCCUGCGGCUGAUUUCACUGUGUCUCUGUUUCGCCGAACACAU